CGAGUUUUUUGCGGUUUUCAGUGUGGACAGUGUCUUCUGGUUAACCAUAUCGCGAUAUGCAUGCUCUCGGCGCCGCUUGCAGGGCCUCCUUGGAUUCAGCGGACGUAACAAGUGAUGCCUACGAAAGUUUAGAAAAACGUGAACCGGAGACUUCCAUUCGAGAAAUAAACAUUAGUGGAACUGAUGACAACGUUGUUGAUGCAUACAAUUUUUGUGCGGAAAAAUUCGUGGAACAACUUUUAACAGAAGGCUCUAAUAUUACCUGUGAUGGAACAUCUGAAUCUUUCAAUGGAAAUAAAGACCUACCUCCUUACUAUGACGAGAUAAUGUUCAAAAAAGGCCAGGCAUUUUUUCACAAACACAUCUUCGGUUUAUUCCUGAGCAAAUUGCUGGGCUUGCUAGCACUGUUGUCGCUACCGUCACUCCGAAUACUGAUGAUGACGAGAAAGUCGAGCACACCAAUGACGGCUUACAAGAGGUACAUGGGCACCAUUUUCCACAUGUGUGUUUGGUAUGAUUCGGACUUCCAGCCAGGAUCAAAGUUGUGGAAGUCCAUCGCCAAUGUUCGAAACAUGCACAAUGCGGCAAGCAAAAGAAGCAAUCUGUGCUUCAAAACCCGGAUAACACAGAUGGACAUGGCUCUAACUCAAUUCGGUUUCAUGGGACUGGGUCUGAUUCGCAGCAAAAUGUUGGGAAUCCACUAUGCAACAGACGAUGAAUGGAAAGGUUUCCUCCAUCUGUGGAGGGUCAUCGGGUACCUUGUAGGAACUGAGGACAGAUUCAACCUAUGCAGGGAAUCGGUACAGGAAACAAAAGAAAUCUGCGAGCUCCUAGCACGAAAGGUAUUUAUCCCCAGAAUGGCGAAAACCGGGCCAGACUUCGACUUAAUGUCUAGUGCUCUCAUAGACGGAAUGCGAGCCAUGAACCCAGUGCUACAUCAAGAAGGUUUCCUCCGCUACCUCCACAUGGUACUGAGGAAUAAUCCAGACCCCGAAAUCACCGACGAACAACUGAAGCCGUUGAGUAAAAUCGCAAGGGCGAGAUUGAAUCUAAUACUGAACGUGACGUGGGCCUUGCAGUACACCAUUGUUAGGGUGUUGUUGAAAUACUGCCAAAUCUGGACGUUGUGGUUGAUGCGCGUUUGUCCUUUCUUGGCCUACUCUAGAUUCGGAUUUGAAAAUUCUCACGUCAGAAUAUGAUCCUGGAAUUGGAAGAGUAGUGAAUUCACGAAAAGUAACUUUGUUAGCAAUAAACCGCAAAUUGUGAAAAAUAUAGACAGUUCUGGAUAGGUUCA